GUCGUCGUUCGUCCUUUUCCCGACGAACAACAAGAAUGUGUCACUGCAGCCCAGUUCACCCAUAUUGGAGCACGCACGCGAUUCCCCCACACACGCAACGUACGUUUUACUAUAUAACUGCCGUCUCUAUAUCUACCCUGCCCUUUUCUUCUCUUCUCUCCUCUCUCUUUUGAUUCUUCACCCUGUAUACUUUCCUUCUUUCACACACACACACACACACACACACACACAUACCCCACCCCCUUCCCUUUUACCAACGCAAAACACAAAAGAUGCCCACCCGUCGUGCCUUGUUACGUGUAGCUGUCGUCGCCAGUGCAGCUCUAUUCACCUUCACUUACGCCGCCCCACUUGACCAACAACAACAACAACAACAACAACCUUUCGUCGCCACCUCUCCUACUACCACCUCCGCCGACAACUGCAACAAGCUCGUCAUUCCUAGCAGUGUAGCUGUGCAAAACAGCUUGUGCGAAUACUAUGAAGAUAUCGUCGACCAAGUCAUGGAGACUGUUACCAACAGUAUCUUUGCGUCUGCCUCGCACUCUUUCAUGACUGUUCGUCACUACCAAGUGACAGGCCAUGAUCAAUGCAAAACGUCGCUGCCUUCAUUUGUUCACGCACUCGGUGACCACCUGACACUUGUUCGUUCCAAUCUGUUGGCAUCCGUUCGACCAUUGGUCCAAACCGAUCUCGAAGUUAUUCUGCCGCUUACCAAGAUCACUUCUUCCGAACUUGCCCUUUACACACGUGUCAAUGAUGCCGUGAUUCACUUGAACCAACGAUUGGCUGAACAGUUGGGCCAGAUGAUCAAUGUCAACGAAGCAGCCAAUAUAAUCAUCAGCCAGUCUCUCGUUGAUAAUCGGUACUUGGCGCACUGUACCGGUCAAAACUCGCCUCAGUUGCAAUUUGAGCAGUUGGUUGCUGUUCUCACAUCAUUUUUCCAACCAAAAGAAAUGCCUCAGCUGCAAGGACAAGAAGAGCAACAAAAGCCUCGUCAUCAUCGAUCGAUUGAAAACAACGAGGCCAUGAUCAUGACCCGUUGGUUGCACUCGUGGUUGUCUGAAAUUCCAGGUAUCCUGACAGUCGAAUUUGAUAAGCGCAUGCAUGAAGCUGUUCAGUCUGUCCUCGAAGACUUUUUGACCGAGGAUGAGUAAACGACAAUCAGCAUGUCUUUUCUAUGGGAACCUAUAUACUACAGCUUUUCUACGAACAAUAUCCAAAGAACAACCAUCAAGCCAGCAUCAUGAUUAUAUCGCAAACGAUCCGAUACCCUUCUUCUUACGACUGCCUCUAUAACGACGAUUCAUCUCAACUACGACACUACACACAUCCUUACCAAGCCAAAACUGUACCAACAACGGCGACGAUGACGACUUUAAAAUAACGCCUUUUCUUCCUUUGUAACAACCUUCUUUUUCCUACACACUCUCAAGACGUUGCUUCCUUCUAGACAAAGUAGCCCUAAUGUUCCACUAGUUCUCCCUUUCCGAUUUCUUUGUAAUACUACGCCCUACCUGUACAUACUAUACUAAUCUAUAGCGCUGCUUUGUCGCCCGCUCUCCUCCUUGACGUCUAUAAUCACUCGAAUAAAAAACAACAACAAACGUAACAAUAUCAGUUGUAUGCUAACACUAUAUAUAAU